AUGGCUUCCCAAAGCACCGUCACUCGCCAGCCGAGUCUACCGGACCACAACCCCACCCCGGCGGACGUUUACGCCGUGUUGAGCAUCCUGCGAAACGAGAUCCAUCCUAGAAUCCCGCACGAAUUAAACUUUGCCAUUCUCGACCUGGCCAAAUACCAUCCACGCAUCAUCCAUGGCCGGCAUCGCAGCAUGACUCAGCCGGUCAAUGAAGACGGGCCCAGUGAAGCAAGCCUCCGGGGCGAUCCGGGGCUUUAUCUUUCAACUCCGCCAAUCCAGUGCCCGAAUGAAGGUUCGAAUGACUUCGCCAUUACUCAUAUCGAGUUUCGGGUGCAAGCCAGCCAUCACGUCGUCGAUGAAGACGAGACUUACAACAACAGCCCUACGUGGUUCGAAGCGAGCAUUUUGCAGCGUAUCCCAGACAUGCAAGCGUCCACGGAGCCUCUCGAGGAAGUCCCAAGCCUCGAGACACUUGUUUCCCCUAUAGAUGCCAUAGAGGAGUUCCAACGGUUGGGCUGGAAGUUCAAGGGGGAUGCUGACAACAUUUUCUGGAAGGUCCACAGCAACAUAACGACGUCUUCGGAUCCAAGAAAGUACACAGUCCGGUAG